UUCGCUGCGGACCAGACCGGACCGCUCUAAUUCGGACACGCGACGACCGUGAAUUAUAGAAUUCUCACUUAAAUCACAGUUUAAUUUAAUUUAAAAAAUAUAUAUAAAUAGCCCGCUUAAAUAAUAAUAGUAUAAAAUGUUAGCCAGCAAGUGCUCUGUGUUGUGGUGUUUAUUUGUGGGCCUGAUCCUUGGAGGCGUUCAGGCCGCCUUGGAUUUUAACAAUGAUCUCGACAAUAGCCAAAAGUUCAAGAGCAUACCGACCACAGUGAAAACCUACGAAAAUGACACGGUCCAGCUGCCAUGCACCUUAAAUACACCCUUUCGAUAUGUCCGCUGGCAUCGUGACGAUGUUGCCCUGGUGGACUCCAGGCACCCGGAGAUCCCUAAGCUGGAUCGCAUAAUGCUUUGGCCCAACGGAAGCUUGCAGGUGUCGAAUGUGCAAUCCAGCGACACCGGCGACUAUUACUGCGAAAUGAACUCGGACUCCGGGCAUGUGGUGCAGCAGCAUGCCAUCGAGGUGCAGCUGGCUCCACGGGUAUUAAUAGAACCCUCAGAGCUUACGGAACAGCGGAUUGGAGCCACCAUUGAGGUGGUGUGUGAGGCCCAAGGAGUUCCCCAGCCGGUGAUUACCUGGCGGUUGAACGGCAAAGACCUGCUUCCGCAAAGCAACUCAGGCAACCGGCAGAGUCUGGUGUUGGACAUCAAGUCAAGGAAUCAGGCGGGACUGAUCGAGUGCCUGGCCAACAAUGGAGUGGGUGAGGUGGCGGUGGCCAGUGUUUAUCUACAUGUGUUGUUUGCCCCCGAGGUAAGUCAGCCCCAGCCGGUGGUGUACACCAAAUUGGGCGCUCGUGCCCAUCUUGAGUGCAUCGUAGAGGCGGCUCCGGCAGCUACAGUCAAGUGGUUCCACCAUGGACUACCUGUGACCCUGGGAGCCCACUCCACCAGUCACGAGUCGGAGCUGCAGGGGAAUCGCUCGCUGGAUCACUAUGUGAAUGCGGUGAGACACCUGCUGGUGGUAAAGAGCGUUCGAAAUGCGGAUAUGGGCCAGUACGAGUGCCGGGCCACCAAUCAGAUUGCGGGAAAGAGUGGCAACGUAGAGCUGACCGGCCGCCCAAUGCCCUGCCUCUUCAAGAUCAACCCCGGCAUCCAGAGCUCCACAUCCCAUGUGCUCGUCUGGCAGACGGAGAGCCUGUUGCCCAUCAUGGAGUUUAAGCUGAAAUUCCGUCAGAUACCCUCCAACAAUGCCACCCGGCAGAUACGCACCAACUGGACGGAGCUCACGAUUCCGGCUCAGGCUACCAACGGCCUUAUCUACAUAACCACUUAUACCCUACAUGGCCUGCAGCCCGCCAGUCUCUACGAAGUUUCCGUGUUGGCCAGAAAUAGUUUUGGUUGGAGUGACAACAGCAAGAUCGUUCGAUUCGCCACAGGUGGAGAGGUCGAACUACCCAAUUAUUCCACGGAAUCGGAGCUGCAGGAAGACCUAGCCGACGAGGAUUUUCACAACGAAAUCACCCAGAGAUCGGAGAUUUUGACAGCCAGCAUGAUGUUCAACUCAGGUUCCAUAAGUUGCAAUGGAAUCACUGCCUUAAUUUACUUUACAUGUCUUAUAAAACUUGUACUACUCUUAAGUUAGGUUUAAAUAUUAAAUUUAAAUGUACUGAACUCGAUUCCAUGCUAUACCAAAUAAACAACUUUCCAUAUA